AUGGCCACUCCAGAGGCGUCUGCGAAGACAAAGGCUACAAGGCCAAAGAAAGGGAAAGGCGCGUCAGCUAAGAACCAAGCGGCCAACGCCGACAGCAAAGCCACCAACACCGACGACAUCAAGGCCAUCACCAUGUAUGAUAUGAUACACACCGUCGAGAUCCCCACGCGCAUGGAAAAAUACCGCGUGUUGCGUGCGACACAUCGGCAAGCCAAACUCAUGACAGAGAACACGGCCAGCCUGGCACGCUUGGCAGAUGAGUUCUGCCCUCGCACCCCGCACAUGGUCUUUUGUUUGCUUGUAUCCGACUUUCAUCUGGCCGAUUCUCCGAAGCACGACAAUCGUGACCUGAUGGAGAGGCAGCAGCAGCUGCAAAUGUUCAUGCAGAGAGUGGUCCUGCCCAUUGCGGAGGAGGCAAACGCCCUUGUGAUAUGUGACGCCAGAAAGGAAUAUUGCGCUCUCACCACUGCUUUCAUGACGGCUUAUGCGAUGCGAAAGCCAGCUUGGGGCACAGAGCUGCCGGUCACCGUUGUUGGAUUUGCAGAAUUCGACGAAAACGAAAAGGACCAACUACCGGAACACUGGCAAGACCUUUUUCGCCACCUGGACGGACUUGAAGCAGACGGCCGGGAAAGCGACCAUCAAGAUCACAGCCCCUCCACGGGUAAAGACCUUCAUGCCGGCAUACCCAACCUGGUUUUGACAGGCAAGAUAUCAGCCAGCUCAACAUCAAACCGCUCCUCGCAGCAUGACAGCAAGACUGACAACAAGAGUCUCAGGGCAGAGCUCCUGUCCUACUUCAACUCGAAGAUGCCUUGCGUUGCCUUCAAAGCUGGCAAGUGUGAACUUUCGGGUGCGAAUGGCGACGCCAGCCUGCGGCCUGCCGUCGAAGCAGUUCAGCGCGGAAUCGCCGUAUUUCUCGUGGACAUGGAAGUUCGUGAGCAGGGCAGCGCUGUCGACUUGAAGAAUGUCAAGGAUGACUCGGUUCCUAAACCGACAGAUGUCAAGGAUGACUCGACUCCUGUUGAGCAGGGCAAGAAACGAGCUGUCCUGCAGCGUGCCGACUCGCUCAAGAUUUUUGUCGAGGAAACAGCGGAGCUUCAAAAAGACCUGCGCCGUCAGAACCAGGAUACCAUGGAUCUAUGUCAAAAAGAGCUCAAGGAUGCGUUAGCGAGCGUGCAUGAUUUCUCGGCUCCUGUUAAGGGAUUUGAUGUCUGCGAGUUGGCGUACACGUUGGAGUUGUACGAGCGGCACAGCCCACUUAACUUCGAUGCUUUCAUGCCCUUGUGGAUUCAGCUUGAAAUAUCGGAAGCUGACCGCGAUGACUUGGUGUCCCUCAACUUCCGGGAGUCCCACGAUAUACGAGAGGACUUCGUGAAGCUCGGGGAGAGGAUCCGGAAACGGGCCAAGGACGACACGAUUGCAUCGUUUGCCUCUUCAGCCCUGUCUCUGGCGACGUCUUCAGGUUUGGCUAAAUCCAUUAAUGUACAUUGGCCGGAGCACAAGCUCGACGACGCUGUGCGCGAUGUGGCUGAGCAGGGACGACUUCCUGAAGGCAACAGCACAGAGGCUUUGCGGCUCCUGCGUGAAGCAUGGAAUGAGCAUGAUGUUGCUGCUGGCGUGGCGAAGUUUUACGGCCGGAUGGCCAGACUGCUCUACUUUCUUCAACUGUCGUUGAACGCGGCCUCGGUCAUCGUGAUUGUUCUGUUGGAGCAGUUCGAGUGGCAGACCUUGGAUGUGGACCAAGCAUUAUUCGCCAUCGCUAUGCUGUCAACAAGUCUGAUCUCAAUAAUUGGAUUUACAAAUCCUGUUGCGCGCUGGCAGAGGCUACGCGCAGCAGCUACGCAGCUGGAGAGUACCAUAUGGCUGUUUCGCACCAGAUGUGGCCCAUUCCAGGUACGGGUUUUCAGCUAUGAUUCGGACCUUGAAGAGAAGAGGCUGGAAGCACAGCUCAUUGCCUGGCGGAGGGCAGCGGUGAAUGAAACGGACUUGCAGCGAUCCGACUUUCAAAGAACCUACCGUAAAGCUUGGUACACGCAUGGGCAGUUCAAAGACAAAAACUGGCUCAAGCAACAGCAGGUUCAUGAAAAAGCUAGCUGUAUUUGUCGGCUUUGGCUGCGGCGUUGUCUGUGGCGAAAGAAACUCAGCGAAGAAGAAAAAACACACCAGAAAAAGACCCCCAUCGAGAAGCUUCUUCACAAACUCGACUCAGCUCACAAGCCUGGUGCUGACGACCAUCACAGCCCUCUCAAGCCCAAAGGCUAUGUGGAGUUGCGCCUUCAGAAAAUGAUCAAGUUCUACCAGGAUCGGCUGCCCUGGUACGCGUGGUAUAACCGCGCGUUGUUUUUCACGUCGCUUUGCAGUGUGGCAAUGAGCUCAGUGCUUGCCUUCUACAACCUCACCCAGUGGGUUAUUGUUGGCACUGCGCUGAGCUCCGCCUCAAGCGCUUGGGCAGAGUUCAACAAUGUCCAGCAGAACAUCCAACGAUAUUCUGAUACCAUUCUGGCGCUGAAGAACGUGGAGUCCUGGUGGAACAGCCUUAACCUAAUAGAGAAGGCUGCGAUCACAAACGUAGAGCAUCUUGUCCAGUCCACUGAAGACAUCAUCACCAGUGAGUGUGAGGCAUGGGCGCGUGCCCAGAAGCAGCAGGAAGUCAAAACCGCCAAGAUGCUGAAAUCUCAACAGGUGCAGCCCAAGGCUGCGCGCAAGUAG